AGGAGGUCCCGGGAGCCGGCUGAGCGCUGGGCAGGGGGCGGCGGCGCGCGGUGAGUGGGGAGCGAGCCCGAGGGGCUUGGAAGGAGUGAGCAGGGAGGCGCGGCGGGGCGGCGAUCCCUGGGCGGGGCUCGGAAAGGGCCGACCUCAGAGGGACAUUCGUCCAGUCCCCUCGCUUCUCUGGGCCUCAGUUGCCCCCCAAAGUGAAAGGUCAGAGAUUCGCGCCUCCCAGCGCGCGGUGCUUCCUCCCCCGCGCGGACCCGCGUCCCCGGCGGACUUGAGCCCCGUGAGGAGCCUGUCCCUCAGGGAGCCCGCCCGGGCCCCCUGAGGCAAGCGGGGACCCGCGCCCUCUUCUGCACCCCCAUCACAGCGCUUCCAGGCCGUUUCGGAUGUUCUGUAUCAACGAGCCGCUUAGAGCCCCGGCCCAGUGACCACAGACCUCCUCAGGCAUUUCUGGGUCUUGGAGCAGCAUCGCGGAGCAGACCCCGCUCUCUCUCAGGCGACUGUGGAUAUGUGCCAGGGGCCCACCCCUGAGUCCAGAUGACACUCAUACCGAUGGCUUCCGUGAUGGCGGUGACUGAACCAAAAUGGGUCUCCGUGUGGGGCCGCUUCCUGUGGAUGCUGCUGCUGAGCGUGGCACUGGGGUCCCUGCUGGCCCUGCUGCUGCCGCUGGGGGCCGUGGAGGAGCAGUGCGUGGCCGUGCUCAAAGCCUUCUACCUGCUCCGGAGCAAGCUGGACAGGGUACAGCAUGCCGUCACCAAGUGCACCAGCCCGUCCACGGAGCUCAGUAUCACCUCCAGGGACUCGGCACUGCUGGUGGUCAAGACCAAGGCCUCUCCGGCUGGAAAGUUGGAAGCCAAAGCGGCUUUGAACCAAGCCCUGGAAAUGAAACGCCAGGGCAAGCGGGAGAAAGCCCACAAGCUCUUUUUGCACGCCCUCAAGAUGGACCCGGACUUCGUUGACGCGCUCAAUGAGUUUGGCAUCUUCUCAGAAGAAGACAAGGACAUCAUCCAGGCGGAUUACUUAUACACUAGAGCACUGACCAUCUCGCCCUACCACGAGAAGGCGCUGGUCAACCGGGACCGGACGCUGCCGCUGGUGGAGGAGAUCGACCAGAGGUACUUCAGCAUCAUCGACAGCAAAGUGAAGAAGGUCAUGUCCAUCCCCAAGGGCAACUCCGCGCUGCGCAGGGUCAUGGAGGAAACGUACUACCAUCACAUCUACCACACGGUCGCGAUCGAGGGCAACACCCUGACCCUCUCGGAAAUCAGGCACAUCCUCGAGACCCGCUACGCCGUGCCGGGGAAGAGCCUGGAGGAGCAGAACGAGGUCAUCGGCCUGCACGCGGCCAUGAAGUACAUCAACACGACGCUGGUCUCCCGCAUUGGGUCCGUCACCCUCAGCGACGUGCUGGAGAUCCACAGGCGGGUGCUGGGCUACGUGGAUCCGGUGGAAGCCGGCAGGUUUCGGACAACACAGGUCCUCGUGGGCCACCACGUCCCUCCGCAUCCUCGGGAUGUGGAGAAGCAGAUGCAGGAGUUCAUCCAGUGGCUCAACUCCGAGGACGCCAUGAACCUGCACCCAGUCGAGUUUGCAGCCUUGGCCCAUUAUAAACUCGUUUACAUACACCCUUUCAUCGACGGCAACGGAAGGACCUCACGCCUGCUCAUGAACCUCAUCCUGAUGCAGGCGGGCUACCCGCCCAUCACCAUCCGCAAGGAGCAGAGAUCCGAGUACUACCACGUGCUGGAGGUCGCCAAUGAGGGCGACGUGAGGCCGUUCAUUCGCUUCAUCGCCAAGUGCACAGAGACCACCCUGGACACCCUGCUCUUUGCCACGACGGAGUACCCGGUGGCACUGCCGGAGGCCAGACCCAACCACUCAGGCUUCAAGGAGACGCUGCCUGUGAAGCCCUAACUCUUAAGUCCUCCCUUGGUGACAAGGGAUGUCCCAGGGGGAAAAAAAAUCAAAGAAACUUAGCAUUUCUAGAAACCCUGUCGUCUCCCAAAGCAAAAGGAGAUGGAUAAGGAACGUAAACAUUCUUUACCUCCAAAUGUUUUUUUAGUUAAAAAAAAAAAAAACUAAAUUAUUAAGCCUUGUCUCUAAGAUAACUUAUGAUUCAGCCAAGUUAUUUAUUUUCUUCUUUUGAGCUUGUAAAUGUGUGGUGUCCACUGUCGGUGCUGGUGGCCCCUAUUCUUGUGGUGGUCCCAGCAGGCUUGGGGGCUUUAGUGCCCCUCGUGUGACGGGAACACAGGUUCUGGAGCAGAAUUUGCACUCGGGUGGGGGAGAGGCCAGGGGCUGUGUGACGACGUCCGGAGCUGCAGGACUAACUCCUCGCAGCCUUUUUGUGAAACUGGCUGAGCAGCUCUGACGUCACCCGGGAGAUCAGCACUCCUGGGGAGAACCCAGUCCCAGCUUUGAGAAGUGACUGAAAGCUUGCUUUCUAGAGGUUUCUGCUGCCCUCCCGAGAGAUGAGUGUGGUGACUAAUUCUUGCUGGUGGAGCAAACUUUCGAGAUAGGGAAUGAAUGUUGACCACCUUUCUUAUUACAUACCUUGCUUCUUUCAAGGAAGAUUUGUUGAGCCAUAGUUAGUUGUACACUCUAGGACCAGAGGCUGUUAUUUUUCCAUAUCAAGAAUAUUUUUCUAGUUAAGACUAGGGGAGAGGCCAGCCUGGUUUUCUUUUAUAUUGUGAUGUUUCUCGCACUUCAUUUGCAGCAACUCAGACCAGAGGUUUUAAUCUAAAAGUCCUCUGGGAUUGUCACCCAACAAGUAAAUCAUGCUGCAAAUCAGGUCCUGUGCAAGUGGGCAGUCUGCCCUCAGCCCCACUGAGUCUAACAUCCCUUUUAGGUAUGUGUUAAAGAACACAUCUGGGAAAACAGAUGCCACGUCAACACCAAAUAAGCAUUUUUGAUAAUGAAUCAGGGUGCCAGUUUCUACUGAACCAAGUAAAAACCUCUGACCACAGCCAGGAUGUGUCCCUUUCGUUAUGCAGUUUUAUCCCGGCUGGCCUGACCCCCACCUCCCACAGCCAUUGUACUGUCCAGCGUCCCUUCGGGGAAGCAGAAUAGAUUGCCUUGGGGUGGCCUUGCUUUCCUAGUAACUUGGAAAGCGCUGUGUGUCAGACAGGCCAGUUUCCAAGCUGUCACUCUAGGGAAGUGGAAAGAAGCUUCUCUCUCUCACACGGCGCAGGUGCCAACACAACUGCUGCUACUUUGAGUCAGAACAGUCGCAAGUCACUGGGCUCCUCUUCCAGUGACGGAGCCCGUGACGCCUGACACUGUCCUGCGCUUCGUCCGUGUCUGAAUGACGGCGAAUGCAUAAAAGUGUUGUCUCUGAUUUGAGAAUUCCGAUCCUGACAGUAAUGAGAUCACUAUUCUAGUGUAGCAAGUGUCUGUGGUUAUUUAAUUGUAUAAUCAGCACAGAGGAGUUUUGUGAAAGAUUAAGAAAAAUAAGUGAAAAGAUGUAUGAAAUGGCCCCAAGGGCUAGCUAUUCAGACCUUUAUGAAAAAUAUUUUCAUACUUGUAUGCUGCCAUAAGGUGUUUCUUAAACCUUAACCCUCCUACCCUCUUGGCUUAUAAGCACACCAAGGAAGCCUGAGAGAAAUGCCUGCUCUGUAUGUAGAGAGAAACUGCACUUUAGCUGUAUGUGAAGCUUAUUUUAGCCAGUUAAUAAAGUAUUUUAUUACGUAAGUGCCUGAGACUGCUGUCUUAUUCCAGAGAUGUUCCCAUGUGUCUUAGGAUGGAGGAGGGGUUCUCUGAGAACUUCAGCCCUGGGCUUUAUGUUGCUCUGGCAGAACAGAUCCAAGAUGGCGAGUUAACAGGAGACCGAGACAGAACCAGCUGGAUAAGCUGCCUGGCGAGGUUGACGGGGAUGAAUGGCUGAGGUUUCAGCAAGACUCGAGUAACUGAAAUGGUUUUUCCAUGUUUCUAUUUACCAUCAGUUCUUGGUUUUCUGGAGAAAACACACAAACCCACUCCUAUGUUCCUGAAAAUCCAUUUCUAGAACAGUCGACACCCUGAACCUAAACUGGGUCCUGCUCAAGUGUAAGAAGGUGCAACUCUGUAACGAGCCCAUGCUGACAUCGGAAAGUAGGAAGCGAGGUCAGAGGACUGGCCAGCAGCAAGAGAAUCAAACAGUAAACGUGAAGCAGCAAAGAGUGAGCCACAGCAACCUGGACUGACAAGGAAAUAUUCUUGGCCCUUCAGUGUCAUCUCUGUCCGUCCCAAAUCCUCUCGGCCACCCAACAGGCUUCCGCAGGGAGGGAAGCAGCCAUUCCACACGACGACACAGGAUGAGCCAGGGUUACGGCACAGGUUCCUCACGCCUCCAAGAGCCGCUGCUGUGAAUUUAAUUCAGAAGGAACGCCAAACGAAAAACGUUUUGUGCAAAAGAGAAAGACAGGGUAGCAGGGAACCUACAGACUAAGACUGAAGAGGUUUAUCAACCGAUCGUAACUUACAGGGGGAAACUGACAUUUAUGACACAAUAGGGAAUUGGAAAUUUGCUGGACGGCUGAUGAGAUUAAGGUAUUAUUGCUAAUGUUUCUAGGAAUAAUGAUAAAACUGUGGCCUGCGAGUCCUUAGCUCUCGGAGACCUGUGCUACAGUAUUAUGGGGCGUGUGCUGUGAUGUCUGGGAUGGCCCCCAAUCUGACCCGGAAGAGGGGAACGCGGCCCGGGUGGAGACGAAGGA